AACCGGAAAAGGCGGAGUAGAGUGACGUAAUGGAUGUUUUGCUAAAGGUUAGCAUCGGUAGGCUAACUUUGUUUUGUAGUUGGCGUCUCAUGCAGCUCCCCCUGAAGUUUUAAGGUUGAGAUAUUUUGAUCUUCGGAUUAUUUUAGAUAAAUGUGAGCUCAUUUUAGAACAAACGGAGACAUGAACGGGAGUACCAAUCCGCUGCUGGACAAAGAGGAGCAUGUUUUGAAGCUCGGAGAAAGCUUUGAAAAGAGGCCAAAAUCUUCGUUUCACACAAUCAGAUAUGACUUCAAACCAGCAUCUAUCGACACAAGCUGUGAGGGAGAGCUGCAAGUCGGGAAAGGAGAUGAAGUCACCAUAACACUACCUCACAUUCCAGGCUCUACUCCUCCCAUGACAGUAUUCAAAGGAAACAAACGGCCCUAUCAGAAGGACUGCGUGCUCAUCAUCAACCAUGACACCGGGGAGUUCGUACUGGAGAAGCUGAGCAGCAGCAUCCAAGUCAAGAAAACCAGGGCGGAGGGCAGCAGUAAGAUCCAGGCUCGUAUCGAGCAGCAGUCGGUCCGGUCCAGUCAGCCCAGCUCUCAGUUCAGGGCCCCUACCAAGCCUGGGGCGGGGGUCAAGACCUCCCCGUCUCCUUCUAAAGAUAAUCCCUCCCCAGAGCCUCAGCUGGAUGAUAUCAAGAGAGAGCUGCGGGCUGAGGUGGAGGUGAUAGAGCAGAUGAGCAGCAGCGGCAGCAGCAGCUCCUCUGACUCGGCCAGCGCCUCGGGAAGCGGCGACGACAGCAGCAGCAGCGACGGCGAGCACGACGCCCCACGACCUCUCAGCCAGACCUCCCCCAACCGCCACCCAAUGGCUAAUGGAGGAGCCGACCGGCAACAGGGAAACAACCAGCUCAUGAACACGCUCCGAAACGACCUUCAGCUCAGCGAGUCUGGCAGCGACAGUGACGACGACUGAUCAGCCUCCACUCUCGGUCCUUCACUGUGAUUGGCCGACCCCAGCCGUUCAUAUUGGUUUGACUGUACUUUUUUAUUUUAUUUUAGUACAUCCUUUAAGCUGGUUAGCUUGGAGCUUUAAGAGUGUAUUUUUUAUUAGAUGUAUAUUUUGUUUUGUAUGGAAACUUUAGAAGAAAAAAACUUUUAAUAGAGAGGUUUGGAAGAAUAUAUAUUAGAGUGCACAUACGUACAUAUUUUCCACACUUAGAGCAGCUAGUUUUAUCUUGUAUCAUCUGUUUUUGUUGGUUUUUAUGGGGAGAUGAGAAGAUUGUUCUGAUUUAUCACCCUCAUUUUAUCACCUUGUGGUAUUGUCUAGCAGAGAAGAUUAUGGGAAGUUUCUACGCAUGUUUGUUGUGUUUUUAUCAGUUCAGCUGAAAUACAAGAAAGGCAGACUUGCACAGACGCACAGACCCGGAGACAAAUGAUAAUGAAAGAACGAUUCAUUGUUUCAUCUGCUUAUUAAAUGUGUUGGGAUCUGUAAGGAGCGUUAAAGCUAUCAGCUGCGCUUUCUUGAUCUUAAACUUUUAAUUCUUCUCUAUUUUAAGUAUUUAAACUCCGUUUUAUUGGUACAAAGGGAUGAAUCUUUACCAAAGCUGCUGUCAUGUAAACAACUCCAAGUCAGCAAAUCCCUAGAAAAGAGCCAAACUCAAAAUAUGUUUUCUUCUUAAUUAAUAUUUUCUGACCUCCUGAUGACAUAAAUAUCUAAAACAGGCUCACAAAAUUGUUUUUUUUCUUUCUGUAUAAGCUAAGUAGAUUCCCUAAACUACCUUUGACUUAAUGAAGGUUUCUUUAAGUUUAAACCUCACCCAGUUUUGUAAGCUAAGUUGGAUCCAAGUAAACAGAAAAGCUUGAACUUCUUGUCUUUUAAAAUCUCCUUUAUCAGCUCAGAUGAGUCCCAUACUUUAUUAUUAAAGCAGAGGAGAUCUUAGGAGCUUAAAAUGAGCAUUAUAACAUCAGUUCUGGGCACAUUUUGGCUCAAAUACAUAAUGAUAGAUACACCAUCCCUGAGAUGCAUCUACAACACUCGAUAGCAGUUGUGUUUGGUCUUUCAUGGGAUUUGUUGAUGAUAAAAAAAAAGAAAAUGGAAUUUAUCUUGCUUAUAUUGUGGAAAAAGUAGUCCAAUUGUUCCCUAAAUUAACCUUCGGGUUUGUGUUUUUCUUGAUGGUAUUCUACUUAAGGGAAACUGGUGUCAGAGUUUUGUCAUGUAGGGCCUCAUAUCUGUCUGACAACAUGCAUUUUAUGUUUAAAUUUGCAUUUUUCAUCACUAGGGGGCAGAGAAGCCUCAAAAAUCCAUAGAAAAAAGACCUGAAACCCAUACCAGCUCAUGAUGUUGUAAUGGCUUAAUAUGUUAGCCAACAGUUGAAUGUAAGUCCAGUAUUCAUGUUCCUUUAAUCUCUGGUUUGAUCAUGGAAAAUAUCAGCUUAAAAACAUUUAAAUACACAGCCAGUUUGCAGCUGCAGUAUCAGAAGUAAGAGGCAAAAUAAGUUAAAAUGCAGAGUUUUCACGAUUAUUGAAAGCACUGGCAAAAAUAUAUCUUUGCAGUAAGGGUGUAAUGGUACACAAAUGUUUUGGUUCAGUAAGGUUUUCAGUUUUGAAGCCAUGGUUUUGUACAUUUUAGAAAAAAAGCACUACAAAAUUUUCAUUUUCCCUCGUACACAUUGUAGAAAGCAGUGGUUCCAAUCUUUGUUUCUUUUGGACCCCCUAUUCAUAUCUGAGAAAAGCUAAGCCCCCUCUAGACCCACCUGGAAAAAGUACACGUCAGUUUUGAUUGUUUUCACUGACAAAAUCUCAACAUGAUAGGCCCACAUAGACUUGUUCUUGCUUUCAACUUUUAGAAUUUAGAAUCUCUUUUUUUUUUUAAUAUAAUACAGAGAUUCUCUUUGUUUUUUAAUCUUUUAAGUUGGCCCUAAUCGACUGUGUUCCAUUUUGUCAUCAUCAAAAUCAGUCAUGAUUUUUAAACCACAUUUGUACAUCUUAUUUUGACAACGUCAACGACAGACAGAGUCUUGUGCCCCCACUGAGAUCUUUGGCGCCCUCCCUAAACCAGUGUUUCCCAACUAUUAGGUCAGAUUAUUGACAUCUUGCAGAUUUCAACAGUGGAUCAAUAUUUUUAACCAAUAGGAAUGACUACUAAGUUUGGGAGCAGUUAAGGAAGAUACCUAUCCUGCAGUAGCUUAAGUCUUCAACCUACUCACACCGGCAGCCACUAAGACUUUUUGUCUUUCCUGAAGACAGUUCAGGGGCCUGCAUUUUGGUUUAAUUUGAUUUACAAUGCAGAUGUGCUCAGAGGUUAAGCUCCCCUUUCCUUAGCCAGAGCUGAUGUAUGUUUGUGCACCAGUUACAGUGGUGCAUUCCUACUUUCCGGUCCAGGAACUCACAUUUGAAGUACAUUUUUUGAAUUAGUUUAUGUUUCUAAUGUACCAAAAGUUCUGUAUAGAACUAGUUCAAUAAGAUUAUGUGUACCUUUACACCCCUUACUGGCAGCCUUAUGAGCAUAUGUGUUAUACACAUCCUAAAACAAUGGAGAAGUUUGUAAUUUGCCUCUGCAAACACAGUUUUUAAUUUGUAGAUAUGGCAGUUUUUUAACUUUAAUAUUCUUUUAUGCAAUAUUUUCCUCAUCCCACUGUAAAAGGGGUUACAAAAAAAGAUGAGCUUUUUAGAGAAUUACCUAUAAAAAUGGGGUUUAAGAAUAGAAUAAAAGGUUAAAAUUUGACAUAUCAAUGCAAAAACAUACCUGAAAUCAAUUUUAAAUCUGAUUAAAUCACCAGAAGGGGAAAAACAUCUGAAAAGCUUUAGUUUUGUUCACAAAAGACCACUGUUUGUUUAAAGUGUGUUGUAUCAGUUUGUCUAAAACAAAGAAUAUCUUAUUUUUUUCAUCCUAAAACUUCAUAUUGUAGUUAAACAAUGGCACCAUCUCAUGCCUUACAGCACUGAAGUCUGGAUCUAAAGGUGAAUGUGUUGAUUAGUGAAGAUGCCAAAGAGUUGUUGAGCUGAAACUCGUGUUGACAGGAGGCAGGAGCAUUCACAGUUAACAAACAUGUCGUGUGUGUGUGUUAAUGUGUCGCUUUAAUUAGACACAGUUUGUGUUAAUAUAAGCAGUUCCCUCACUCGUGUUCGGUAAAUAUUGUUUAGUCCUCGCUUUUAAGACAUAUCAUUUGAACAAUCAAACUGAAGAGUUUAACUGCAAGAUACCAAGAAUUGAUCACAGUUUAAAAUAGUGUUUCCUGGUUAUAAAUGAGACAUGUCGUCUUGUUAUAGGAAUCCUGAUUCACUCAAAGUCUUGGGUUUUGCAGUGAUGAGUUGUUACACCUUGUGUAUUUGUAACCACACAGUACUGCAGCCAUGACAGUUUUAUUCUCAUGUGUUUACGUUCGUUAAGCUCUCUCUGCCUGCUUCUCUCUGACAGUGAUUGUUUAGAACCCCACAGCAGACAGACGGACAUCGUAGUCCAAAUUUACCUCUCUGGUGCUCCCUCCGAUAUCUGUAAGUCACUUCUGUUAUUGAAGGCUGUUUGUUGUUUUGGUGCUUCAGUUCUCACGUCUCUUGUUGAUGUAAAUAUGUUUGUGCAGAUUUGAAGUGUAUUAAAAGAAGGCAAAUGUAUAAAUGAAUGUAAAUAGAUGUUUUUGUCUUCA